AUGGACGGUUCGGUCACGAUAGAGGAAAAGGGGGCUUCUGACGCUGGCGUCUUCACAGACAAUCGGAUAGACAGGCGGGGGGGAAAAUUCACGGGCUUUUUGGCAACCUCGUAUUUCUCGGGAUUUCUCCGUGUCUCCCGACUGGCAGAUAUUAUGCUGGGCGACAGAGUCCGCACAGCUGGUAUGGGAUCGGAAACCGGAAAGACGGUUUCUUCCAAUCGCUUCUCAGCCACCAACCAUGAUCUCACCAACAACGGGUUGCGCCAUAUGGGUCUUUGUGUGUGUCAGGUACCUACCACCUUCUCAGCUGUGCCUGCUUUUACGGACACAUGCAUUUCAACCCGAUGA